AUGGCAUCCUCCUCGAACCCCUACGAGCACUACAAUCAGCCCCAUAUCGAAGACGAUGAUCUGAUAGAUCCAGACGAUGCCGACCUCGAUGACCUCGACGCCCCUCUCCAGCCCUCACAAACACACUCCUCUAGAGCGCCCCUAGUAUCAGGCAACAUAAACAGCGGCUCCUCCUCGUCCGCACCCCUCAACGAAUCCUACCUCACCUCGCGUAUCCCCGGCGAAGAUCGCCGCGCACCUACAAACACAAUCGACGAGUCAGUAUGGGAGACACUGCGGCGCGACCUGCUCGCCGUCUGGUCUAAGAUGCGCGAGGUCCUAUACCCCAAAUACCUCUUCGGCGGCUCCAUGCUCGACGGCACGACCUCUCUCCGUGGCGCUUAUGAAAACAUUCGUGGUGCGGGGAUUAGUGGUGCUAGAGAUGAGCUUAUGGGACUCGCGGGCAGAGCGCUGGAUCCAGAUGCGUUACUGGCUCAAGGAAAUAUGAGCGAGGGAUUGAGGGAUUGGGAUCUUUGGGGACCGCUGGUCUUCUGCUUGUUGUUGAGUCUGUUCUUGAGCUUUAGUGCGGAUAAGGAGCAGAAGAGUUUGGUAUUUAGUGGAGUAUUUGCUAUGGUCUGGGUUGGGGAGGCGGUGGUAACGAUGCAGAUUAAGCUGCUGGGUGGGAACAUCUCCUUCGCGCAGAGCGUUUGCAUCAUCGGAUAUACCCUCUUUCCCCUGGUCAUCGCAGCUCUCCUAUCCGUCUUCCGACUCCCAACUGUGGCCCGAGUACCCGUCUACCUCAUCCUAGUCGGCUGGUCACUAGCAGCCGGCGUAAGUAUCCUCGGCGGAAGUGGCGUGGUCAAGAAUAGAGUCGGCAUUGCGGUUUACCCGCUCUUCGUGUUCUACUUGAUGCUGGGAUGCUUGUGCUUCAUCAGCUGA